AGAGAAGAGGAAGGGCAGAGAAGAGGAAGGGCAGAGAAGAGGAAGGGUAGAGAAGAGGAAGGGCAGGGCAGAAGAAGGGUAGAGAAGAGGAAGGGCAGAGAAGAGGAAGGAAAGAAGAGGAAGGAUAGAGAAGAGGAAGGGCAGAGGAGAGGAAGGGCAGAGAAGAGAAAGGGCAGAGAAGAGGAAGGGCAGAGAAGAGGAAGGGUAGAGAAGAGGAAGGGCAGAGAAGAGGAAGGGCAGAGAAGAGGAAGGGCAGAGAGGAGAAAGAGCAGAGAAGAGGAAGGGUAG